AAAAUGCGAAGAACCUUCUCCUAACGUGCCACUCGUCUCUCUCUUUCUCGUGCCGACAAAACGCAAAGAACUUUCACAUAAGCGCUUUUCCAAACACGCUUUUUCCUCAAAUCAAUUCUCACGGAAGUUCUCCAAUGUUGCUUUUUCCCCAAAUCGUUCAAUCGCUCGACCCUAAAAUUGUUCAAUCGCUCAACCUCAAAAUCGUUCAAAUCGCGUAAACCUCAAAAUUGCUCGUCCUUAUUUUAAUCUCAACUCUUUUAGCUUCAACCUAAAUCACUUGAAUCGUAUCAAUGGCUCAAACCUUAACAAUCAGAUCUGAAUCGUUUCAACAUCAAAAUCAAUCAUUUGAAUUGCUCAAUCAUCAAAUCUUUUGUGUGAGCUCUGUUUAUCAUAUCAUGUUAUAGGAGUUGUAGUUAAAAUAAUUCAAUUUGAUGUUUUUCAUGCCUUUAAGGUCGAAGACAUCGCCAUUUUAUGCGCCUCGCCGUCCCCGACACAAAUCAGGCAAUUGGCACAAUCAACAUGGCUACUGAGUUAAUCCAAAAGUUGGGCAUUUUUUCCAUUGGAGAUUAUUUAGUCUUGAAGUUUCAGCCAUCUUCAACCCUUCAUUUCCGAACCUAACCGAAUCUGCUCUAAGAAUUAAACAAUGGCUGACUGAGUUUAUACAUGAUGCUUUGGCUCAUGACAUCCAAAACAGACAUGGUUGCUGAAAGAUUUGUUGCUGCUAUUGAUGAAUCCGCAAAACCACCAUUUCAAAUGGGAUUCUUUAUUGAUUACAAUAUUGAUGAUAUACUAAAACAAGCAACUGAAUCUACUCUUAGGUAUCAAAGAGGGGAACCAAUCUCAGUGCUAGACGGAGUACCUGUUGCAAUAAAGGACGAGAUAGAUUGUUUACCGUAUCCAACAACAGGAGGUACAAAGUGGAUGCAUAAGGAAAGGCCUUGUAAAGACGAUGCAUGUUGUGUUAAGCGCUUAAGGCAAUGCGGUACUAUACUAGUUGGGAAAUCCAAUAUGAACGAACUUGGGUCUGGAACUAGUGGGAUAAACCCACACUAUGGGAAAAUCUUGGUCGCAUUCGUAAGACUCUCGCUGACUUCACCAGCUUGAAUCACUGAGUAGUUAAUGUACUACUUAUGUCGGGUGGACUCCAUCAAUGCUUUCGAGCCUGAUGGUUAAAAUCCUCUGGAUUAUGUUGAACCUUUGGGAAAAGCUUGUGCUUCUGGGUUUACACUAAAUAAAGCUGGUGUUUCUGGUACUUUGGGUGGACCGUUUCCAGUGGGUUUACACUAAAUAAAGCUGGUGCUUCUGGUGCUUAUGUUGAAUCCUCUUGAAUAUUUUACUUGGUCAUUGAUUAGAUUCAUACAAAAUAGGGGUCUUUAUAGUUAUACUUAUUCAAACAGAAAAUAAGAAAAUGUAGUUGAAAUUCUUUGUUACUAUAUUGAAAUAUUUGAAUUUAAUUGAAA